GGCGACCUUUGAAAGAGCUAAAUAGUUCCACUGUUGCUCUGGAUGGGCAGGGUUGCAGUGGGAAGAGACAUACUGGAAAAAGACUGAUGCCAUCUCUGAUUACAGAAGGUUUUCAGUCGAUUUCAAGUCUCAGAGUUGAAGCUGCGUCACAAGGAUCUCAAGAAACAGCUCUCAGAGGGAGGAGGUACAGGGGCUUGUUUUCCAGGUAACCAGGCGACAGGAGAGCAUCAGGUAAAAAAGGAACCUGCCAAAGAGAAAAGAAGAGCAAGAGGGUAAAUGAGGAGCAUCUGCAGACAUGAGACAUGAUUCUGAAGUUCUACCAUGACCCCUUCUUCUUGACCUGAUCCCCCAACCAUGCCCAGUUUGGGUGGGAUCAGAACUUCCUUUGUGACCUGAGGUUUGAUUGUACUCUACUGAUAUGACAUACCUAGCUCACACUGCCCAUGCUCAGCUCUGCGCCCUCUGGGUGAGCUGCGUGGGAUGGACGUUAACGGCUGUGGCCCUGGGACUUAUCCAGUGGAGGAUUUGGCAGGUCUCUGACAGGGAGAUCAUCACCUCUGGGGAGGCCUGGGUUGGUAUCUGGAGGGCCUGCUUCAACAGUCACACUCUUGUGACCCCUGGCUUUAUGGUCAUGCACUGCAAGUACAUCAGCCUGACUGAGGCCUUCACACCGCCAGAGAUUGUGGCAGGUCAGGUCCUCAUGCUCCUGUCUCUUCUUUUGGGGCUUUGUGGAAAUGCUAGCGGUGUUUACGCCCUGAGAAACGUUUACUUUGGGAUGCAGAAGAACCCACAAAUCCGUGUGGUGUUCUUCAUCACUGGUGGGCUGUGUCUUCUGGCUGCAGGGAUGUCACUGAUACCUCUUGUGUGGAACAUAAACUCUGUGGUGACCAAUCAGACGAUUAAGUUCCCCCCUGAGUUUAGACUGCCCCCAGCUCCUGACUCCCAACAAGUGGGGUGUGGCAUUGGGGUUGGGAUGGUGGGGACCGUACUAAUGAUCGUCUCUGGGAUUGUUUUCUGCACCUACAGGUUACCUGUAAGGUUACAGCCAAGGAUCCUUCCAGCUCUUACACAGGAGGUGUACCUGGACUGCACAUUACCUGCCAAAACUGUGACUGACAGCCAGGGGGCUUUAACAAACAUGAGAGGGAGUGAUAACCCAGCGUUUGAGUUUCAUGAGCACUUGUGAUUAGUUUAUGACUGACUUCUGUUCUUGAAUGGGAAAAAGAAAUCUGACAAAGGAAACUAAUCUGACGGAUGUCUUUUGAUAACUGAUCUGUCUUCAAAUGCUGUGUAUUGUCAGUGCCUCAUUUUCAUAGAUUACAAGGAGACAGUCAAAUACUCUGCACUUCCUUGAUUGCUUACUCAUGUGAUUUUAUACUCCAGGAGAGGACAAAGUGUAUGAUUCAUCCCAAAUAAAAUGAGUGACAAUGCAUUUGUCCAGAGA